AUCAUCAUCAUCAUCAACCUUAUAUUCCUUUGGCAGUUUGCUUUAAUUUUACAAGCUUGAACUCUCUCUCUCUCUAUUUUGUCUUUCUCAGCAUGGGAAUAACCCUGGUUAUCUUCUUUGGAAUUCUCGGUAAUAUAACCACGGGUCUUGUCUACCUCUCUCCUGCGAAAACGUUUUGGCAUAUAGUGGUGCGUAGAUCUACAGAAGAAUUUGAGAGCCUUCCUUACAUCUGCAAGCUACUGAAUGCUUAUCAGUGGGUUUAUUAUGGAAUUAUCAAGCCAAACAGUGUGCUUGUAGCCACCGUCAAUGGCUUCGGUGCUGUCUGUGAGAUUAUUUUUGUCAUCAUCUUCCUAACUUUUGCACCCCCUAGAAUCAGGGCUAAUACAGCUAUAUUGGUGGGCACUCUGGAUGUGGUGUUCCCGGGAAUUGCUUUCUUGAUUAUGCAAUUCUUGUUUGAUGGGAAGACAAGGAUUGAUGCUUCAGGAUUAAUGUGUGUCGCUUUCAGUAUGGUGUGUUAUGGUUCACCUCUUUCAGCCAUGAAAACUGUGGUGACAACGAAGAGUGUGGAGUACAUGCCAUUUUUUCUGUCCUUCUUUCUUUUUGUUAAUGGAGGAGUUUGGACAACCUAUGCUGUGCUUACACUAGACUGGUUUAUCGGAAUACCAAAUGGAAUAGGGUUUUUUCUUGGUACGGCUCAAAUGGUGCUCUACGCAAUGUAUUGGAAGCCUAAGCCAUCCAAGAAAAUACCAAAUCGUAAUUUGAUGGGUGGAUUGGGACAGCCACACCAGCCUCUUCUCACAUCAAAUUCUACAGAAAGCUUAGACAAAAUUUAAUGCGUAAUUAUUUUAUAUAUUUAUUUUAAAUUUCUUUAUUUCCGUAUAAUUUUAUAUAAUUAAUAAUAAGUCAUUGCUUAAUUAUUAAUA